AUGAUUAUAAAAACAUAUAAUUUUAAUUUAAUAAGUAAAAAGUACGCCCAUAAAUUUGCUUCUCCAGAUUGCCCUAAUUUAAUGAACAUUAAAAAAGUGAUAUAUGAAAAGUUAAAACCAAUAUGUUUUCAUAUUAAGCAAGAUUAUACAAUGGGUCAUCAUGUUCAUGAUAUGCACUUUUAUGGAAUUUUAUGUUCCCCAUUAUUUGAAAAUAAGAGCUACAAGGAGAUGAAUUCAAUGGUAGAAAAAUUAAUGAGUGAAAUACACCUUGCUGGACGAGUAAAACUACAUUGUCAACCACCUUCCAGAUUUAAUAAAAUGAAGAAACAUAUAAGGUGGAGAUGGAACUUAGAAAAAUGA